CUGUUUUCAUUGGCUGAGAGCACAGACGGGUCAUCUGAUGGUGCUUUAUUAUGACUGCUGUACAGUGCAGACACCAGGUCUAAUGGUAUAAAUAAUAACUUCAUAUUAACAAAAUGAGGAGACAGCUCGAAACCCCUCUUACUGCUCUGGAUGUAAACAUAGCUGUACAGCAUGCAAGAAUGAUUUGUGCAGGAAUAAUAAUGACAUUUAUGAAUAUGAAUGGAAGUCUAGGGUCCUUGAAAUAAAACAGCAUAAUUUAGAUAAAAGGUAGGAGUUUGAAAGCGCUGGAUUGGACAGUAAAAAUGAUUGUUUUUCUGAAAGGUGCCUGCACACUAAGCUAAAUUGAACAUUGACUCCCUGACAGGCGGUGGACUUUGAUUUGACCCGUGCGUAGAGGAGCACACAGUAACGCCUCUCUUUGGAUGUCAUAAAGAAAAGCCAGCCAGCGGAUAUAUAAACACUGAGCUAAAGAUGCAUCUUUCCUUUCUGUGAAGUGGGUCCCUUUAUGGAUUAUAAUUUGGCCAAUCAGAUUCUGCCUGAAGACAGACACCUGAGAACCAACACGGAGCUCUAAAUUUAAUCAAACAAUGUAAGUAUGUAUGAUAGUACGCUCAUAAAAGAUUACCUCUUUCACUUAUCUUUCACCAUAAAAGAUGAAUUACAGGAACAGCAUGUGCACUCAAUGUUUAUAUGCUGGUUUCAUUUGGUUGUACCUGUCUGUGUUUUGGUGUCUGCAUUCUUGUAAUCUCAGUAUUAGGAGUCAUGGUGGGACUAAAACCCUCAGAUGUCCCCCCUCCCCUGGGGGUGAAGAUGGCAAGCGCUGGACUUGCCGCCUGUAUAGCUGAUAUUGUCACAUUUCCUUUGGACACAGCCAAAGUCAGACUCCAGGUAUCUGCUCAGAAACACAAAAGACAUCAGUGAUUAUAGUCUUCAUCUUGUCACCCAUGUUUUCUGAACAUGCACAAUAAUAUCUAUGCUGCUACACUUAAAUAUUAAACUUCACACGUGGAGCUUAGAAUGACCUAGAAUGACCCAAUAUUAAGUUUUCUUCCUAAAGCUGGCUUGAGUUUGAAUGUAAUCUGUGACCCCAGAUUCAGGGAGAGAAGACAGCAGUGGGGGGAAUCCGGUACAAAGGGGUGUUUGGGACCAUCAGCACCAUGAUACGAACAGAGGGGCCCCGGUCUCUGUACAAUGGGCUGGUAGCAGGGCUCCAGAGACAAAUGUGCUUCGCUUCAGUCAGAAUUGGUCUCUACGACAAUGUGAAAAACUUCUACACUGGUGGAAAAGACAGUAAGUGUUGACCAACAAAGUACAUGCAAAGGUAUUUUAUUAAUUACACCUUUAAUUCUACUAUUUAUUCCAUAAACCAUCAACAUAGAAAUAACUCUGAAUAAAAUCAGCUUCAGGGAGCUUGUACCUAAAGCCCCUAAAUCCCCAGUUUGUCUCAGGAGGACUAUCAGAUCUUCAAUCUUUACAGCCUUAAAUCAGAUAACAAAAACGGCCUUUCAGGACACCACUGGAGUUACCUAGGACUGUCAGAGGGGUCACUGUAGCUGUGUGAUGAAUACAGAUAAUUACAAACACCACUAUUGGGUUACAUUCUUACAAAAUAUAAUGCUAAGGGACCAGAGUUUCAGACGAUGAGUUCUCUAUUGAGUUUGGAAGGCAGUGCUACUGAUACCUACCCCAAUAAUUGAGACUCAGUUUCUUAAAAUAACUCAAACCAGCUGAACAUUUUAUGUCAAUCACAUCUGAUACUUUAAUCAUGAGCUUCAGCUUUUUAAAGCACAAACGAGAAGUCCAAUUUCUCUGCUCUAGUUCUUAAGAGAUGUGGUUUCCAUACCACUUGAACUGUAGACAGUGAAGUUGUAUUUUAUUGUUGUGAAUGAUUAUGAGCACUUACUUGUAUUCCACCUCUAAUGCAUCUUUUUGUUCCUCAGACCCAAAUGUGCUCAUUCGAAUCCUAGCUGGUUGCACCACAGGCGCCAUGGCCGUGUCCUUUGCACAACCUACUGAUGUGGUCAAGGUUCGAUUCCAAGCCCAGAUGAACCUCGAUGGUGUUGCCCGUCGCUACAGCGGCACUAUGCAGGCAUACAAACAUAUCUUUCAGAACGAGGGAUUACGUGGACUCUGGAAAGGUACAAUUUAGGAGGCCAAAAAUCUGACUUAUAGUUAAUUUUUUCAGAGUUUUAAUGGCCUCUUGUGUUUCCUUUAGGCACACUUCCGAACAUCACAAGAAACGCACUUGUUAACUGCACAGAGCUGGUCACAUACGACCUGAUCAAGGAGGCCAUCCUGAGACACAAUCUGAUGUCAGGUGAGAGGGAGUGCUUCACAUUUGUGUGGAUUGCGCACACACACACACUAUGCCAUCCCCGGGGACAUCUGAUUGGGUAGAAACCCACACACCCUCUCAGCCUUUUCAACUCCAGCACAGCUGAUAACAGCACCCAGAACAUGUUGUAUCUUCCUCUCAUAGUGCUGUAAAUAUAGUGGUUAAUACGCCAUUUAUCUCAAUCAUUUAUAUUGCCCUAUUCAGGAGGUUAUACAAUCUGCUGACAUGACUUUCUAUACUCCUCGACUCAGAGCAAAGGCCCUUUGGCUCCCCUUUGAUUAAACUAACAUACUUUGUUUUUACCUGCAGAUAAUCUGCCGUGCCAUUUUGUGUCUGCAUUCGGAGCCGGCUUUGUUACCACAGUGAUCGCUUCCCCAGUAGAUGUGGUGAAAACCAGAUACAUGAACUCACCACCAGGCCAGUACAAGAGUGCGAUAAAUUGUGCAUGGACUAUGAUGACCAAAGAGGGGCCAACUGCUUUCUACAAAGGGUAAAGUCUCCUUCUCUGGCCCCAGAGUGCACACAUUUGUUUUAGGGCGUUUGUACUGUAGGCCAUGAGAUGAAAUGUUGAAACAAUGACUCCUGUAGCUUUCAAUCUUGACUACAAAUGACAUUCCUUUGUUUCUUUCAGAUUUGUCCCUUCGUUUCUGAGGUUGGGAUCGUGGAACAUAGUGAUGUUUGUCACAUUUGAACAAAUCAAGAGAGCAAUGAUGGUCACAAAAAAGAAGUUGGAGGCAAACUGAGAUGAUGGCUGAGACACUUGAACUACCACUGAAAACACCAACUGAACAUCAAAUAAUGUCUUAGUUUUACUCUUUUUGUCCACUUGUGACAGAGAAGAAAAUCCUUUGUUGAAAAAGGACUACUGGACAAUCUGUCGUCUUGUACUUGAUGUUUGAAAAACAUGCAGCUUUAUAUUUGUAUUUAUAAUUAUAAAUACAUCCCAUAUUUAAUGGGAUUGAAUGGUGCAAACAUGAGAAAGUGUUAACCUCUGCCAUAUGCCCAGGGCAGCUUAAAUAGGCGCACCUUUAUGUGAGACACAAUACUGCUGACCAGAUUAACAUGUAAAACAAACCCCUAAAUAUAUCUGACUUGUUAUACAGACUCUGUGCUUGAUUUUAACCUGUAGCACCACCACAACACCAAACACAUUUUCAAAACAUCAAAUUGUGUUUUUAUCAACUUUGAGUGUUAAUCAUUACAUACCUUCCUCAAAGGCAAAUCACCACAUAAAAGAACAGUAGAAAGGUACUUUUUGGACAUAUACAUUUAAGAAAAUAGAGGCAAACAUCACCUAUAUUACACAAUACAGAUGACACCAGAGGAAACGUAUUAAAACAUGCACACACAGGGAUUUUUCCUUAGCACAACAACUGUGAGAACACAAAGUUCUAGUACAAAAAAAGACAGCAAAAUGGAAGUAAGUUCACCAUUUCAGUUACUGUCUUUUACAACAUUUAUUUGGCUGUGUUGUUAGUGAAAGUGCGUUAACCCUUACCACAGAGAGAACAUACAUCCUCCUGCAGCAGCUCUGUUGUCACCUCAGCAAUGGCUAAUCAAAUAAGGAAAAGGUCAUUUUGAGGUAUAAGCUGUUUGUUUGUGCUGUGUUCUGAAAACAUUUAACUAUCACUGUGACAGGAUGACAAAGGCAGGACCAAAGAAUCAAAAGCAACAACAAAAAAGGGGCAAAAUCCAGAGGUCUUUCUUUCCUCCAGUUUUUAAGGGAUAUUAAUGCUUCAGUCUGCUUUCAGUCUUCUGACCUUUUAUUUCAUGAAAUAACACCGGGGUCCAUAAAGAGGUCAGGGAACACUUUGGAUUAAUGUUAGUUUUUAGAGCAGACAGUCAGUGUGAGGGAUACAUCUGGCUCCUGUAGAUGUGUCUUGACUAUGUUGUGGAACUUUUCUCUGUACUGGUUGAAAUGCAUGAUGCUUUCUGGUUCUUCUGCCACCCAGAAUUUAUCAAAUUCAUAUGCCAGAUAGCCUGUAAGAAAAGAAAGCCAUAAUGAGAAGAGAAAUAAAAUCCCAUAUUACUUAUAGGUUUGAUUCAAAAAGAUGUUGCAGGGUUGGAAGAAAAGGUUACCCACAGUAGAGCUGAUGAAAGUCUUUGAGCUCAGGCGCGCCCUGUACUGUGUUGUAGAAAUGGGGUUUCAAAGCACCGCUCUUCAUGAGGCUGUAGGCCAUCUCUGUCAAGUUGAUCCCAACAAUGGCAUAAGAAUACCUGUAAAGGAAUAAACAUAAUGCAAAUGCCAAAAGUGAUGUUUUAAAUACAGAGCGGGCCCAAUAUCCUCAAUCCAGUUUUGGCAAUAGCAUGUUAUUAUGCAGUAACUUGAAGAAACACAAACUAACUCUUGUGUGUCUCUUACCCCAGUUUGGGAUGGUUUGCAUGUGACAACACCUGACGGGCCUCCUCUGUGUAGUUAUCGCUGAAAAAACUGUAAAAGAACAAAAUCCUUUCAGUAUGGUCAUCUUAAAAACAAAAUGAUACCUUCUCAAAGUAGAGAAUAUCAGAGGUGUUUGUUUGGUGCCAAACAAGUAUACACGUGUUUCGCUGACUAUGGAUUUCCUUGUCAGUUUGGGACUGCAUUUUUAGGCUCACAUUGACUCACAGCUGGGAAAUCUGUUUGGUUUCCUUAUCUAGCAAUCCACAUUUGCCCUGUCUCACUCUUUUCACGUGUGCUUGUAGUCCUUUUUAUUGGUGUAACUGAAUUUUUGUGACUGAUUUAUGGCAGAGGUAAUUCGUCAUAAAUCAAAUAUUGAAGAAUAUUCAUGAGUAGUGUCAGAAUACACUGCACUAAACUAUUUGUAAGAAAUCAUUUUUACUCAUCAGUAACUCACACAAGGUUGAUUAGCCCCAGCAUGCCCAUUCCUCUGAAGUCAGUUUUUGGGUCAUCUCCUUGGAAACCAAUAUCUCCCCACUGUUUGGUGAUCCUGGACUCCAGCUUGACGUUGGGCAUCAACAGAUCCCAGAGCUGAGGACAUGAUAAAUCCUAAAGUUACACACUUUAACUACUUCUUCACUUAACUACUGGUCAAAUGAUGAACACGCACCUUCAACAGCAUGACCUCAUGCUCAUGGUUCUCAGAGUCAAAAACUUCCUUUCUCAGCUCUUCUACUGACACAAAAAGGCUGCUGUAGCCUGUGAUCUGUAACAAACAUGUAUGUAGGUUCUCCUUAAACCUGGAAAAGAAAAAGAAAAAAACUAUUUAUAAUCUAUUUGUAGAUUAAAACAUUCUUGAAUAUGACUUGUUGUCAGACAAAAUGUUACUGUACAGCGGGUCUUUCUGGGGUUUGAUGCUCUUUUCUUCCAUUAUCCGAUCCACACAUGGUUCUAAUUUGUUCUUGUCGGCGUCUACUGCUCCUCUCAAAACCUGAGCGAUUGAGAGAGGAAAAAAAAAAACACAUAAGAGAAGUCAGAGCAAAGGCAUGGCAGCAAGAUACUAAAAACAAUCUUAGCUGUAUAAUAAUGAACUAUUUCAAAGUCAUCCUCAGACACUAUGAACAAAGAUGACCAAGCACUUUAGAAAAAAAAAAAAACUUAUCAAGCUACAAUCACAAGCUUGGCAAGUGAACCACAAGAUAAGGACUGAUAAAGAGGAGACUGAGCGGAUUUAUCCUCGAUGGAGUUCACACAUACAAGAGAUAACAAACUGAUCUGCUGCAAAGCAGGGGUUGUUUCCUAUUUACUCCUCUGUGAACCUGCAUACCCUCACAUUUACUGUACUUACAAUUGAUCUGGUUUCUGUCACAUUUGCUGCGAUGAGAUUAUUAUCCUGAUCAAAUAAAGGAAUGACAACAUCUAAACCAAGUUACUAUAGUUAUUUAUCUUAUAUGUCCUGCCCUUAAGACUCUUUCAGGAGGAAAGGAUGCAGCUGGUUUUUGGUUGUAUGGAUGUCUGUGUUUGUUUGUAUGGGAUUGUUCUGUGUAAUACAGAAUAUUGUAUAUAUCAUUUCCUCUUCUCUGUGUGCUCUUGUGUUUUCAUAUUGUCUUUGCAGGGAUCAAGUUUAUGUGUAGUUCCGCAUUUGCAGUUAACUUGUAGUUCAUUUUCUUACCUUGCUCUUUGAUGACCUGAGAGAGUAUUCUGUAAAACAAAAUGAGAGGCAGGUUAUUACAAUGACAAAGAUAUCAGUUAAGCAGGAGGGAAGACAAUACCGGGCAUGAUUCAACUCACCUGCUUUUGAUGUCCUUGUUACCCCAGGUUUGCAUCCAGAGCAUAUCCUCUGCAGCUCACAUUUGCCUGUUACCUGCCGGACGAGCCACUUCAGCCAGUACCUCAGGAAUGAUGUGUAGACAUACUGCCAGAUAUACCCCAGCAUCUUCUACAUCAUGGGCAAAGGAAAAACAAAGGAGCGAUGGAUGAGAAUGUAGCGUGGAAAUUACUGUAGCUAAGUUGGGUGUCAGUAAUGGAUGGUACUGCAUCAAGGAUGACCUGCGCCACUUUGAUUAUCAUUUUAUGGAGUGAGACAUGUUGAUAAAAAUAAGCUCAUCAAACAACAAAGUGGACGCCAGCAUGUAAAGCCAAAAUAUAUCUGGACAUUUAUUGAAGUUUUCUGUGAUAUUAAUCUACAGUUCUCUAUUUGUUUUGUCUUACUAUGAAAUUAGUCUCUACAUCUUAAAACACAAAGACACAAGGACCUCACAGAUGAAGUAGCUUAUUGUAUUGCAAAAGUAAUGCUACCAAUUAACACUGUAACAUUUCAUUAAAAGUAACAGGGUACAUUUAAGAUUGAAAAGUGAUUUUUUUAUAUCAUAUGUAUCAAUAUCGACUGAUAUGAAAAGAAAUAUUUCAUGAUAAACUUUUUCCCAUAUCGUCCAGCCUUAAAUGUAACACACUCCAAUUUAACACAACCCACACCUCAUAUGAAGCGCAAACACAAAGGAAAAUUGCUGUUGUAUUGAAUUGCAUUAGACUGCUCAGGUGUUUAUGACGUUAUAGUUGAGUACUCGGUAUAUUGCUUUAAAAUUUAAACAUUGGAUAAUUAGGUUAGUUUUCUUUGCUGCAGGUGAUUUGUAUUUUUAUUGUACAAUCACUUCUUGCACCUCUACUUUCCAUCUCAGACAAACGAGACUCUUCGCACUAUCGAUGAACUGAGGACUGAAACACUAGAGCAGACUAUCUGUGUCACUACAGCAAUGACCACCGUCUGGAGCAGUUUCUGCCGCUUUCCGUGCCUCAAAACUGUCUCAAAACUUGAAAAUGAAUUCAUUACUUGUCCAUAAUUGGGCAAAUAUUAACGUAACGUGGACAACUAACAUGUGGAAUAUGACUAAGCAGGGAAGAGCCAAAACAAUAGCACUGUGGGACCUAGCUUCCGUGCUAGUGCUAUUCUCAGACAAUUGGGACGACCCAGUUGAUGUCUGAUAGGUAAAUGUUCACUGUGUGAGGGCUGCUUUCGCCAAACUUCUAACCUUGUAAUGUUAAUGUUAUCAAAUCAUUCGUGAGGAGAGUUUUACUGUAACAUACUCACAUCGCUAACUAAAACCAAAACUCACAUAUGACAAUAAACCGGUUAAGACAACAGGUUGUCAGUGUAUCUACCAAACUGUUAGCAAGCUAUGUUAACACAGUGAACGUUACAUCGCAAGCGCUGAUACACCGGGCGUAUUUAAGAGGAUCGAGAAACGGGAUUACUCUUACCGCUCUGCAGCAAGUAUACUGAUGUUUGGAAAUGUUAAAAACACCCAAACUUGGCUUCACAUACGUGCCAACAACAGCCGUGUGGUACUGUUAGCAACGCUUCUCUUGACAACGGUCUAGCUCCGAGGCGUUCAGGGUCCUACUAGACACACGGUCGUUACAAUAUCGGUGAUUUGCGAUAUCUGGUAAACUCUGAAUUAGGCCGUAUAAGUGACAAAUAAUUCAGCGCUGCCAGGUGACUCCGAUAAUCCCACUUGGAUAAUCGUACAAAGUGUAUCAUUAAUUUUUAUUGUUUACAGUCAAAACAAAAGAAAAAAGUUAAGGUUUCUUGAAUUGAUAUAACUGAUUUACUUGAUGUACCUGAAUGCAACACACGCCAACCUGUCAUUGCUAUGUCCUCCACGCCCCUGCAGCGCCACCGGCUGUCCAAACC